UGUGUGUGUGUAGUGAGUAAGUGCAAACAAUGCUGCAGAUAUAAAUGAGUGUAACUCUCCGUUAGCUCGGAAGCUAAAUCUUGUUAGCUGUUAUAACGUCUUAUAACGUUGCUGUCUGACUGUGAGCAGCAUAUUAAUAUCAGACUUUGAUCUCUGCUGUUCUGCUAUUUAACGGUUCAAAGAUCAGAGCGUCGUCAUGGCAACAGAGCUGGAGACCACAACAGACCACCUGGUGAAAGUGCUGCACCUCCUGGUGCUCUCCUUCUCCUGGGGAGUCCAGGUCUGGGUCCCGUUCAUAGCAGUGGUAGUGUUCCGGCAGGUCCCCCCUCACACCUUCGGCCUGGUGCAGGGUCAGAUCUUCCCCGUGUACUUCUACUGCCUGCUGGGUAGUAACACCAUCAGCCUGACGGUGUAUGUGGUGUUCCACUGCAGAGAGCUGCUGGACUGGCACCAGAGAGUUCAGAUGGUCCUGUACCUGGUGGCGGUGCUGAUGGCGUGUCUGAACGCCCGCUGGUUGGGCCCGGCGGCGGCGGAGCUGGUGCUCCAGAUGAGGGAGGUGGAGGAGGAGCACGGCCUGGGGGAGCAGAAGGAGCAGGAGGAGCAGAAGGAGCAGAAGGAGGCGUACGCUAAGCUCAGCGAGAAGGACCCCAAGUACCGCGGCUACCGCAGGGCCUUCAGCCGGUACCACGGGUUGGCCAACCUCUGCAACCUGCUCGGCUUCAUCUGCACCACAGCUAACCUCACAUACACCGCCCUCCACCUGUCCUCCAUCUAGACCUCUAGACCAUCUGUCCUCCACCUGUCCUCCAUC